AUUUGGUAAAACGUUCUCCAUCUCGAGAAAGUGUUAUUGCUCGCUAGUUUGUUUGUCUGAAACAAUAAUUUUAAUUAAUCAGUGUAAAAAUAUCAACCUAAUUUUUCUAUAUAAUCUAAACAAUACUAUUUUUGUAGAUUUUAAAAUUUACUAUUUUAUUUGUUACCGAUUUUAUUUUCGGAUAAAAAGUUUUAAAAAAUCCAUAAAGAUGCUGCUAAUACAACCAACUGAAGAAAUGUCGAAACUCAUCAGAGUUGAGCUAAAUGAGAAUGUUGCGACGAGACAAAAUGACCUCGAGUACAUAAAAGAGUGGCUUAAGAAACAGCCUCAUUUGCCAGACAGUUUUGAUGACUACAGGCUGAUGACUUUUCUUCGUGGUUGUAAAUUUUCACUUGAAAAAUGUAAAAAAAAAUUAGACAUGUAUUUUACAAUGAGAGGAGCUGCUCCCGAAUUUUUUACAAAUCGUGAUGUUACUAGACCAGAAAUGAAAGAACUUGUAAAAAUGAUUCAAAUUCCUCCACUUCCUGGACUAACGAAAAAUGGUCGUCGUGUUAUUUUAAUGCGUGGAUUGGACAAAGAUUUACCAACCCCAAAUGUUGGUGAAGCAAUGAAAUUGGUUAUGAUGAUUGGUGAUGUACGUUUAAAGGAAGAACUUGUUGGUGUUGCUGGUGAUGUCUAUAUACUUGAUGCAGCAAUAGCGACACCAUCACAUUUUGCAAAAUUUACACCAAGUCUUGUUAAAAAAUUUCUUAUUUGUGUACAAGAAGCAUAUCCAGUUAAACUCAAAGAAAUACAUAUUGUCAAUGUCAGUCCAAUUGUUGAUUCAAUUGUUAAUUUUGUUAAACCAUUUCUCAAAGAAAAAAUAAGAAAUCGUAUUUUUAUGCAUAGUAAUAUUAAAACACUUUACGAAUACAUACCUCAAGAAAUUUUACCAACUGAGUAUGGUGGUAAUGCUGGUACUGUCAAGGAAAUAAAUGAUACUUGGAUGAAAAAAUUGGAAGAUUACACACCGUGGUUCAAAGAACAAGAAACGGUUGUAUCUAAUGAAGCAUUGAGAUGUGGAAAACCAAAAACUCAAGAUGAUUUAUUUGGAAUAGAUGGAUCAUUCCGACAACUUUCAUUUGAUUGAAUUUUUUUUUUUUUUUUUAACUAUAUAAUAGUUUUAGCACAGUGGUUAUAUAUAUGUUUUUUUUUUUCAUUGUUGUUUUAAUACAGAAAGUUUAUUAAAAAAAAAAAAAAAAAUUAAAAAAGGUCUUCUAAAGGGAAGUGAAAGCACAAAUUUAUAUGACAUUAUAAGGACAAAUUUUGAUAGUUUAUAUUUUUGAAUAUUUUUAUAAAGCUUUAGCUUUUAUUUGAUUUUUAUUUUACUAUCCAUGUACGAAUUAAAUUGACACCUGAACAAAGUAAAGCCAUCAUAGGUGGCAGAAUACAUAUAUAUAUAAUAUAUAUAAAUUAUAAAUUUAAGAUGAUGAUUUAAAAUAUGAAACCUUGUCGUUUUUCAUAUUUUCUCGCAAAUUACGUUACUUCAAAGAACAGUUGAUAAAUGUUUUCUUUAUGCUUUAACAAUGAAUAAAUUAUAUAAUUUUCAGUACGACGGAAAAUCGGUUUUUUUUUAUUCACAGAUAAUAUUUUUUUAUGAUAAUUUUAUUUCUGUUAUUUUUACUGACAAAUUAUUUUUUCUAGAAUUAGUCAUAAACAACAAAUACUUGACAAGUUAUGCAAUAAUAAAAAAAAAAAUAUAUUAAAAUAACGUUUUUGAAAGCAUAUAAUACAAAAUAAUUUGAGCUAAAACUACUUAUCAACUGUAGGUAUAUUAAAAAAAAAUAUAUAGUAUAUUAUUCUCCAUCAUAUUGAAGAAUAAAAAAAAAAAAGAAUUCCAAUUUGAAACAAAAUUUUAAAGAAUUUAAAGAUUUUAAAGUCGAUAUCAUUUGGAAAAGUUUUGUACCACAAAAUAUAUUUUACUGAAAAGUGAAAAAGUCAAGCGUGUAAAUGAUAAUUGUUAAUAAAUACAUAAAAAAGUU